AUGAAAAAUCACGAAGCUCGUCCCGCUGGAAGUGCUCCAUUACCGGAGGCACACGCGGUUGAAGCACGUGGCGAGUCUGAAAUAAGACAAAAUAAUCGGGGCCAUGAUAAUCUGCACGGGCGUGAAAAAGGCAAAAGACGAUAUAAUAAUCGUCGAGGUGGUGAUCAUAACAAAAGGGAGAACAAUAUAGGUUCUCAAAAUAAUCCUUCUAAAGGAAAGGGUGAUUACUGUCAUCGCUGUGGCCUUAAAGCCCGAGUAGAGUCACAUUUGACUCUCAAAGAUGAUGUUCAGGCAGAAUCUUCUCAAAAAUAUAAUGAGAAUGUUGAGGCAAACUUAGCAUUGAAAGAUAACACUUUUGAUGGGCUCGAUGAUAUUACUCAUCUGGAAGCUGAGGACUUCUUUGGGGAUCACAACUGA